GAAAAUGCCACCAGAUGGCGGGUUAGGAUUGCAGCUCCGUUGAAGGCGCGGCCCCCGCUCCUGAACCCCCGGCGACCACCCCGUAACAACCCCCCCACAUCGGGAAUAACACACCGGAGACUUUUGGGGGGAAACUAGGUCGACGGCCGGCGGCGCCCGUAUGGGCAGCUGAGGAUUGGUUUGAGGUCAUUUUUAAAGUUUUGACUUAUAAAGCACUUGAUUCUUUUGUUCCAUUGUGGAAAGACCUCUUCAGCAAUGAUUACAUCAGAGUUACCAGUGUUACAGGUUGGGAAUAGAGAGUGCAUGAGGGAUUCAACUAAUGAAACUACUGCCCAUUCCGAUGCUGGCAGCGAACUUGAAGAAACAGAGGUCAAAGGAAAAAGAAAAAGGGGUCGUCCUGGCCGGCCUCCAUCUACAAAUAAGAAACCUCGAAAAUCUCCAGGAGAGAAGAGUAGAAUUGAAGCUGGAGUUAGAGGAACAGGCCGUGGAAGAGCAAAUGGGCACCCUCAACAGAAUGGUGAAGGGGAGCCUGUCACAUUAUUUGAAGUGGUGAAACUGGGGAAAAGUGCAAUGCAGUCCGUGGUGGAUGACUGGAUUGAAUCAUAUAAACAAGACAGGGACAUCGCACUUCUGGAUUUAAUCAACUUUUUUAUCCAGUGUUCAGGAUGUCGAGGUACUGUGAGAAUAGAGAUGUUUCGAAAUAUGCAGAAUGCAGAAAUCAUCAGAAAAAUGACUGAAGAAUUUGAUGAGGACAGUGGUGAUUAUCCCCUUACCAUGCCUGGACCUCAGUGGAAAAAAUUUCGUUCAAACUUUUGUGAAUUUAUUGGAGUCCUGAUUCGACAGUGUCAGUAUAGCAUAAUUUAUGAUGAGUAUAUGAUGGACACAGUAAUCUCCCUUUUGACUGGUUUAUCAGACUCCCAGGUCAGAGCUUUUAGGCAUACAAGUACCCUUGCUGCCAUGAAGCUCAUGACUGCUCUGGUGAAUGUUGCCUUAAACCUCAGUAUUCAUCAGGAUAAUACCCAGAGACAGUAUGAAGCUGAGAGAAAUAAAAUGAUUGGGAAGAGAGCCAAUGAAAGGUUAGAGUUACUACUUCAGAAACGCAAAGAGCUACAAGAAAAUCAGGAUGAAAUUGAAAAUAUGAUGAACUCUAUUUUUAAGGGUAUAUUUGUUCAUAGAUACCGUGAUGCUAUUGCUGAGAUCAGAGCCAUUUGUAUUGAAGAAAUUGGAGUGUGGAUGAAAAUGUAUAGUGAUGCCUUCCUAAAUGACAGUUACCUAAAAUAUGUUGGCUGGACUCUUCAUGACAGGCAAGGAGAAGUCAGGCUGAAGUGUUUGAAAGCUCUUCAGAGUCUAUAUACCAACAGAGAAUUAUUUCCCAAAUUGGAGUUAUUCACUAACCGAUUCAAGGAUCGCAUUGUAUCAAUGACACUUGAUAAGGAAUAUGAUGUUGCUGUGGAGGCUAUUCGAUUGGUUACUCUGAUACUUCAUGGAAGUGAGGAAGCUCUUUCCAAUGAAGACUGUGAAAAUGUUUACCACUUGGUGUACUCAGCACAUCGCCCUGUUGCUGUGGCAGCUGGAGAAUUCCUUCACAAAAAUUUUCUUCUUGGUGGAGCCGCAGUUGUUGUUGAUGGGCUGUGGACAGGGCCACCUUUCUGCCUGUCUUCUGACAGUGACUGUUCUCUGUCAGCAGAGGCCCUUUGUCAGCUGUGCAGCCAUGCUUCUCUUGGGAUGUUUGUGUGUGGCACCACCUGCCUGCCCAACAGCAGUGGCAGUGCUACUGUGCCUACGGGUUGGUUACAUGAACAUGCAGCCUACUUGGUGGACAGUUUGUGGGAGAGCUCUCAAGAACUGUUGAAAGACUGGGAAUGUAUGACAGAGUUGCUGUUAGAAGAACCUGUUCAAGGAGAGGAAGCAAUGUCUGAUCGCCAAGAGAGUGCUCUUAUAGAGCUGAUGGUUUGUACGAUUCGUCAAGCUGCUGAGGCACAUCCUCCAGUGGGAAGGGGUACUGGCAAGAGAGUACUAACUGCCAAAGAAAGGAAAACUCAAAUUGACGAUAGAAACAAAUUGACUGAGCAUUUUAUUAUCACACUUCCUAUGUUGCUAUCGAAGUAUUCUGCAGAUGCAGAGAAGGUAGCAAACUUGCUACAAAUCCCACAGUAUUUUGAUCUGGAAAUUUAUAGCACAGGAAGAAUGGAAAAGCAUCUGGAUGCUUUAUUAAAACAGAUUAAGUUUGUUGUGGAAAAACACGUAGAAUCAGAUGUUCUAGAAGCCUGCAGUAAAACCUAUAGCAUCUUAUGCAGUGAAGAGUAUACCAUCCAGAACAGAGUUGACAUAGCUCGAAGUCAGCUGAUUGAUGAGUUUGUAGAUCGAUUCAAUCAUUCUGUGGAAGAUCUAUUACAAGAGGGAGAAGAAGCUGAUGAUGAUGAUAUUUACAAUGUUCUUUCUACCUUAAAGCGGUUAACCUCAUUUCACAAUGCUCACGAUCUCACAAAGUGGGAUCUGUUUGGUAAUUGCUAUAGAUUAUUGAAGACUGGAAUUGAACAUGGAGCUAUGCCAGAACAGAUAGUCGUACAGGCCCUGCAGUGCUCCCAUUAUUCGAUUCUUUGGCAGUUGGUGAAAAUUACUGAUGGUUCUCCUUCCAAAGAGGACUUGUUGGUAUUAAGGAAAACAGUGAAAUCCUUCUUGGCUGUUUGCCAACAGUGCCUAUCUAAUGUCAAUACUCCAGUGAAGGAACAGGCUUUCAUGUUACUCUGUGAUCUUUUGAUGAUUUUUAGCCACCAAUUAAUGACAGGUGGCAGGGAGGGCCUUCAGCCUUUGGUGUUUAAUCCAGAUACUGGACUCCAGUCUGAACUCCUCAGCUUUGUGAUGGACCACGUUUUCAUUGACCAGGAUGAGGAGAACCAGAGCAUGGAGGGUGAUGAAGAAGAUGAAGCUAAUAAAAUUGAGGCCUUACAUAAAAGAAGGAAUCUACUUGCUGCCUUCAGCAAACUUAUUAUUUAUGAUAUUGUUGACAUGCAUGCAGCUGCAGACAUCUUUAAACACUACAUGAAGUAUUACAAUGACUAUGGUGAUAUUAUUAAGGAAACACUUAGUAAAACCAGGCAGAUUGAUAAAAUUCAGUGUGCCAAGACCCUCAUUCUCAGUUUGCAACAGUUGUUUAAUGAACUCGUUCAAGAGCAAGGUCCCAACCUAGAUAGGACAUCUGCCCAUGUCAGUGGCAUUAAAGAGUUGGCACGUCGCUUCGCCCUUACAUUCGGACUCGACCAGAUCAAGACACGAGAAGCAGUUGCUACACUUCACAAGGAUGGCAUAGAAUUUGCUUUUAAAUACCAAAAUCAGAAAGGACAGGAAUAUCCACCUCCUAAUCUGGCUUUCCUGGAAGUACUAAGUGAAUUUUCUUCUAAACUUCUUCGACAGGACAAAAAGACUGUUCAUUCAUAUCUGGAAAAAUUCCUUACGGAGCAAAUGAUGGAAAGGAGGGAAGAUGUAUGGCUUCCACUCAUAUCCUACAGAAACUCACUAGUCACUGGAGGUGAAGAUGACAGAAUGUCUGUGAACAGUGGAAGCAGCACUAGUAAGACCUCGUCAGUAAGGAGUAAGAAAGGCCGACCCCCACUGCACAAAAAAAGAGUAGAAGAUGAAAGUUUGGAUAAUCCAUGGCUAAACAGAACUGACACCAUGAUUCAGACUCCUGGCCCCCUGCCGGCACCACAGCUUACUUCCACUGUCCUGCGGGAGAACAGCCGGCCCAUGGGAGAACAGAUUCAGGAACCCGAGUCUGAGCAUGGCUCGGAACCUGACUUUUUGCACAAUCCUCAGAUGCAGAUUUCUUGGUUAGGCCAGCCGAAAUUAGAAGACUUAAAUCGGAAGGACAGAACAGGAAUGAACUACAUGAAAGUGAGGAGUGGAGUAAGACAUGCGGUCCGGGGCCUAAUGGAGGAAGAUGCUGAGCCCAUCUUUGAAGAUGUGAUGAUGUCAUCCCGGAGCCAGUUAGAAGAUAUGAAUGAAGAAUUUGAAGACACCAUGGUUAUUGAUCUACCCCCAUCAAGAAAUCGGCGAGAGAGAGCUGAGCUGAGGCCAGAUUUCUUUGAUUCUGCAGCUAUCAUAGAAGACGAUUCAGGAUUUGGAAUGCCUAUGUUCUGAAGUCUGAAGAAAAUUUACAAAUAUGGAACUCUAUUAUUUAGAGCUAGAGGCCUAUAUACUGUGAUAGCUUGUUCGGGGAAAAAACACUUUUGAUGUGAUCUGAUUUGUUUUUUAAUCAAAUGAUUGAGGUCAAUCCCUUUUUACAGUGACAGAAGAGGAGCAUGUAAAUUAUCCAAGGGAAUGUCACCUCAGAAAGACUGACCUGAAAAGUCAUUGUGUCCUAAUAGUGGACUUAUCCCAAUACAGAUGUGUGUGUUUUUCUGGAGGGAGGAAGAAAUUUUAAAUUUUUAAAACAGCUGUCAAGAUAAACACUGUUAUACACCUGUUUUAUGAAAACUCAGCAUUGAGUAAAAAAAAAAAAUAUUUUUAACUUUAUUUUCCUGUUGUACAAUUUAAAAACCGUUUUAACAUUUUGCCUUUUUAUGUUUUAAAAGCUAACCAUUUUUAUUAAACCUCUGAGUAAGCAGCUCGUCCUAAUUGCUGAAGAGUGUUUUGGAGCUCACUGGAUUUGGUUGACCUUGUGGAAUACAGAAAUAUGGAGAAGAAUAUCAACAAGCUAAGAUGAAAAUCUGACAGUGCAUCUCUGCCAAAAACCACACACCCUCUGUGGAUAUGGAUAUGAAUUCCCAGAUUUUAUAUACUCUUAAAUAAAAAGGUUUAUUUUUAUUUAUAAGGGGGCAUAAAAUAAGAAAUGUCCAUGCAGCCAUUUUUCCAACAGAUGCUGUACACCAUUCAUUUUAUAUAGAAUAGGGAAAUUCAAAUACAGUACAUUUUCUAUUGGUAUUUGUUCUGUGCGUUUUUAGCAACUUCUACCAGCAAAUAAAGUUCUCAGUAAAACAAAAUGGUUCUGAAGUUAUCAGUUUGCUAUUUUUACCACUUAUUUCAUGCCUUGCCAAAUUCAAGGUACAUAGACAUCCAUUUUCUUAAAAAGAUAAUCAUGAAGAACUCCUUUGCCAUUCAAAAGUAAUUUUAAGUGUAACAUAACUAUGUCUCCUUCCCAUGCACUUAAUACCCUUAUGCGCUAAUUUUGUGAAUUAAGUUUACCAAUUAUAGAAGUAUGUGCUGCAUAGAAGUCUGUGCUUAGAGGGUGAAGUUCCUAAGCUUACCUUGAAAUACAGCUACAUUUCAGUGUUAAAUGUGCAUAUUAAGAAUAAUUCUUUGGGGGAAAGAAAUUAAGAAUCUUCAGAACAGCCUUCAAUGGUUUAGAGUUAUAUUCUGCUUAGACUUUUAUGAUUUGCUGCUUUCAUUUGAAAAAGCCCACUUAGUUUCUUCCUUUUUGAUUUUUAAAGUAAGCCUCAGAAUUUCCAAACCAAUCCAUCCAUAAGUGUUUCUGGGCUGAUUUUUAAAGUAGCUGCAACAGAAUCAUGAAGCUUUUCCCUUUUUAUCAAAAACAAAAAGCAUUUUUUUAAAAAAUUCGGUGCAUCCAAUGAUUGUCUUUUGAUGGGAAAGCAGAAUGGGUUAUCUAAUUCAUCCUUUUAGUAAACAGACACAAGACAGAUUUUUCUCAACAUGUAUACAGUUCUAAAAAAUUUGGUCACCAAAAAUAUUUUAUCUGCUAAUUUAGCAAUUCCUGGGCUCGUUAGUUAGGGAGGCUGGGGUCUCACUUUCUUCCAGAAAUGUGGGCUUCACCAGAAGUGAAGGGGUAGAGCCCUGCCUGCCUGUGGUUCUGGCCAGGGAGCAAGCCAGGAGGAGGAGGUACCCUGGCAAAUGCAAACUGAUAAUUGCUUGACAGUUUGAUGUGGAAAACAGAUGCUGACUUAGAAUUGUAGACUACCAUGCAACAAAAAAAAGGCUUAAUAUCUACUCCAAUGGGUUUCCAGUUCAGUUUGAAGUCAGUCGAAUUUUUGUAUUUUCAGUGUCUCCUUGAUUGGUUUUGCUAGUAAUUCUGUAAAUUGUACAUUUGCAAUAUGAGGUUUUUUUUUCCUUUUGUACAAUUUGAAACUGAUGCUUCAUCUUUCCUUUAAUAAACUAUUCAAAAUCAG